GAUGACAAUCAAAACAAAACCAAUGAAAAGAAAGAGAAAAAAAUGGUUUCUCAGAAACCCCAUGGUACCAUAGAAUAUACUGCUGGAAAUCAGGACACCAUAAACAGCAUAGCAUUAAAGUUUAACAUCACCCCAAACAAGCUUGUGGAGCUCAAUAAGCUUUUCACACAGACGAUUGUGCCAGGCCAGAUUCUCUUUGUGCCAGAAACAAGUGCUGCAAGGCUCUCUUCUUUCAGUCCUGGUGCUCCUGUUUCUCCUUCAUCAUCAGAUGCCGAAUAUGAUAAGCUCCCAGAUGCUGAUUUGGAAAGAAAGGCCUUCAAACCAGUUGAGAGAGUCCUGUCCUCUACUUCAGAAGAGGAUGAGCCUGUGGUUGUCAAAUUUUUAAAAAUGAAUUGUCGUUACUUCACAGACGGUAAGGGCGUAGUUGGAGGAGUCAUGAUAGUAACUCCAAACAAUAUCAUGUUUGACCCACAUAAGUCUGAUCCUCUGGUAAUUGAGAAUGGCUGUGAAGAAUAUGGGCUCAUCUGCCCCAUGGAGGAGGUUGUCUCAAUAGCUCUCUACAAUGACAUCUCUCACAUGAAGAUUAAAGACGCAUUGCCAUCUGACAUACCAAAGGAUCUUUGUCCUCUGUACAGGCCAGGAGAAUGGGAAGACCUGUCCUCUGAGAAAGAUAUCAAUCCUUUCAGCAAAUUCAAAUCCCUUAACAAGGAAAAGAGGCAGCAGAAUGGGGAUCUAUCCACUGCUCUGGGUGCCAAACAGAUAAAGCCUUCAGAUAAGGAAAAGUCUGUUGAUUUUGAAGUUCUUCAGUCAUCUGAGAGCACAGGCUCAAUCAAGUCAAAGUCACUGGAGCUCCCCAACAACAUUACUGCCACUGAACAUUUGGAAAAGUUUGCUGCGGAUCCAUGUGCCAAGGAGCCUUCUGGGGAAAAAAAUAUUUCAGAUGUCAAAACCAAAGAAAAAUCCCUUUUGGGAGAAAGAGAGAAUGACUUCACUGAGCUGGAAAAGACAUCAUCUCAUAUGGAUACAGGGUUGGACAGGAAAAUCUCAGUAAUGGAAGGCUUGCUGGCUGACCCCAGGGAGUUGGGGAGAACUAAGCAGCAGGUAACCAAACCCACUACAGAAGUCCAGGAGCACUUGACAGUUGAUUCCUUGGAAAAAAAGGACAGUGUUGAACCUAAAGCUGACUUAGACUUAGAACUGUGUGAAAAGCAAGAUGUUAUUCCAGAAGUAAAUAAAUGUGUCAGUUCCCCAACAGGUAAGGUGGAGACUGCAUUGGACACUAAGAAAGAGAUAGAGAAAGAUAAACUUAUUGAAUUUUACCUCAAUAAAGAUGGGAAUGGGUCUCAGUCAUCAGAAGACUUACACAAGGCUGAAAUCCAGAAAGGUGAAAACAAUAAAGCAAUUGGCAUAGACCUAACACUUAGCUAUUCCAAGUCCCAAGCUAAUGAAGUCCAUACAGUUAAAAGUAUGGAGCUUAGCUGUGUUGAAAGGAAAGCACCUUCGUUAGAAAUCAGCUCAGCAGCAGCAGAGGAAAAGGAUCUGAAAGAGUCUGUGGACUCUUCAUUAGUACCAGCUAUAGACAACACCUGUCAAGAAACACAGUUAGACAAUCAAUCAGAAAUCAGACUGUGGCUGCUGCAGAAAAUUCAAGUGCCAAUUGAAGAUAUGCUUCCUUCAAAAGAGGAGAAGAGCAAGACUCCUCCAAUGUUUCUGUGCAUUAAAGUAGGCAAGCCCAUGAGAAAGUCCUUUGCAUCUCAGAGCACCACCAUGUCUCAACAGUACAGUAAAAAGAUAAAGCAACCAGAGUACUGGUUUGCUGUUCCUCGGGAAAAGGUGGAUCACUUGUACACUUUUUUUGUUCAGUGGUCACCAGAAAUAUAUGGGAAAGAUGCCAAAGAGCAAGGCUUUGUCGUGGUAGAAAAGGAGGAGCUUGACAUGAUAGACAACUUCUUCAGUGAGCCCCCUACUAAAAGCUGGGAGAUCAUUACUGUAGAAGAAGCAAAGCGACGAAAGAGCGUUUGCAGUUACUAUGAAGAAGAAGAUGAUGAUACUUUGCCUGUCUUAAAGCAUCACAGCGCUCUUCUGGAGAAUAUGCAUAUAGAGCAGCUUGCCCGGCGCUUGCCCGCACGAGUGCAAGGAUAUCCAUGGUGGCUUGUGUACAGUACACUGGAGCACGGGACUAGCCUAAAGACUCUGUACCGUAAAUUGGCAUCUCUCGACAGUCCAGUUCUCCUUGUCAUCAAGGAUAUGGACAACCAGAUAUUUGGAGCGUAUGCUACACAUCCCUUCAGGUUUAGUGACCAUUACUAUGGCACUGGUGAAACAUUCCUCUACACAUUCAGUCCAAAUUUCAAGGUAUUCAAAUGGACUGGAGAAAACACCUACUUCAUCAACGGAGACACCAGCUCUCUGGAGCUCGGAGGUGGAGGGGGCCGGUUUGGCUUAUGGUUAGAUGCAGAUUUGUAUCACGGGCGAAGCAACUCCUGCAGCACCUUCAAUAAUGACAUCUUAUCUAAGAAAGAAGAUUUCAUAAUACAAGAUGUAGAAGUAUGGACAUUUGAAUGAAAUACUGACUGCCUUAAAGACUGGAUCCAUUAGGCACUUAAAAGCUAACUAGAAGGUGCAGGCUGCCUCACAACGUUAAACGCUUUUUCCUCAAGUUUGUACCAGAGCAUGACUACGCAAAAAACCCCCAACCAACCAACCCAAUAAAAAAACAGAGCUGGUUUUGAGAGGCAGUAAGAGACAGAACAGUAAGAGAUCAGUCUGAAGUGUUUUUUACUUCCUCCUCCAACACUUCUUCAUUGAAGAUCUGAUGCUUAUGAAAACAUUUAUCGUGUAUAAAUUGAAAACUUUUUUCUGUAACUGUGAAAAAGAUCCUGUGGGAAAACUGUAACUGUCUAGUACAUUCCAUGUGUAUUUAUGUUCAACGUACAAAUGCUAACCAAAAUAAAAGGUUGCUUUACCAAAAUCUACCGCAUACUGUUUGCCAUGGAAAAGAAUCAGAAACAGGUGUACACAGCACUUAAGGGAACAUGAUUUUUAAAUCUUAUUUAUUGUUGUUGUAUAGCAGAUUUUUUUUUGUAAAUGUAUUAGUUAUGGGUUUUUCCUUUUAGUGUUUCAAAUCUCAAUUUGAUAAAUAAUUACUAUUCAGGUAGGUUUCCUAUGCAUUGGCAUUUAUUCUGAAUCAAUUUAUUUGAUUUCUGAAGUUAAUUUUUAUAUUUUUAUUUUGUAAAUGAGAUUUGGUUUUCAUUUUACCCUCAUUAGAGGGGUUUUUUUUCUG